AUGCUCGAGUUUCGAUACUUUGCCGCUACCAUCAUGCUCGUGGUAAGUGCUGGACAGUGACCUGAUACAAUCUUUGAACUUUUUCAGAUGAGCAGUGGAGUGGUAAUUCUGAACAGUUUAGUAGUCAGGAGAAUGUAUCGUGAGCGUGAGGGAUUCCAUAAAAUCUGUGUGAACAAAGCGGUUGCAAACGUCCUCAUCGCCUCCGCAUUUCUGAUUUGGGCAGUUCCGUGCUCUUUCUUGUAAGCGAUCUUUACAAAACUGAACAAUGGUGUCAUUCGUCAGAAAUGCGUACUAUCUGCCUCAAAGGUUCAACAUCUUCUUCGGCCAGAUCGUCGGAUGGGGGCCUUAUUUAAUGUCUGGCCCGUUUACCCAGAUAUGCCUGGCCGUCAAUCGGUCCGUCGCGAUUUCCUAUCCUUACUUCUUCAACAAACAGAACCGUUAUCCCUACACUAAGAUAUUGCUUGGAGUACUGUGGGCCAUUGCAAUUGCACUGUCUCUUCCUGCUAUGAUAGGUGAGAAUUGCUUUCUUUUUGAAAGUAUAAGAAAGGAGACACUUUCUAGAUGGAUGCAGUUACAUUUUCUUCGUGGACACCGUCUCCUGGAGCCCCACAGACACAGACUGCUCCAGAACUCUUUCGGAAUACGUCACUAAUUUGGUGUUGGUCAUGGCUAUCAUCUCAUUCUCCAUCAAUAUCUCAAGCAUUGUGAAAAUUGUGAAAUCUUCAAUCGGUUCAAACGCAGUAAUGGAUCAAUCUGUGUCUGAGAGCAGGAAGAAAAGAAGAAGAAAGAUGUUCGCCCAAUGCAUAAUCCAAGAUUGUACGCAUACAUUCGAUUGUAUGGUCAAUACCUACGUUUACACAUUCUACUCGGCUCAGUGGUUUCAGUUCCUGUGUGGAGCAGUUUCAGCGCUGUCAGUUAUCAUGUUGGACGGGUAGGAGAAAGAAUGGAGCACGGCGAGAGACCAGUUCCCUUUCAGACUUCUCAUGUCUGUUCUUCACCAGAAAUCGAACACUCCGAGUCAAACUCGCGAGCCGCCCUCAAAGUCUCACACUUUUGAUCAAUUCCGAAGUAGAGCGGUGAGCCGAAUUUCGAGCACAAUUAUGACUACGACGACUCUGUGAACUUGCCACGUCAUUACUUUUAAUCUUCGAGAAUUGUUAUCUUGGUUCAUAUAAAACUUGUCCUGGAACUGAUAAACGAAAUUGAUAUCAUUUCUUUAGAAUUUCAGUGAUAUUUACGUGGGAAAGAAGAUUCUGAGCGAUCUCUUCUCUUUGAAGCAGUUCGCUCACUUUUCGCAGUGAAAUAUAAAUAAUUUAGCAUUGGAGCACACUUGCAUUUACACCUAAUUGUUUACAAUUUUGUUCGGAAAGCCAAUACCACUCCCGAUUCCCCGUUCGUUCUCGUUUUUCUGUUUAUAUUUUGAUUCUAUUCCACCUUUCCAUUCCCUAACCAAAGAAUAUAUCGAUUCUCAUUCCCAUCCGAAAGAAUUGUUACGAAAUACGCUCCCGCAUGAUUCAUCUCUAUUCUAUUGACCAACGGCCAAGUUCCCCUCGGUUUCUUAUCGUUUUUCUCUCAGGCACUACUCAAAAAUGUCUCAUUGGUUUCAUCGAAAUCCCAUAAAGCCGACAGAAUUCGUCAAAUUCGAUUUGAAAGGAGUGCUCACGACGGAUACUUGCUCCAAAAUUUGCGGGUGAGUCAAGUCACGAGAGACGUUUAUUGAUUUUCGCUACAUCAUUAUUCGUUUGCAGAGAACUCCGUUUGCGACGCGAUAAGCUCGUGAGUCAGUUCAAGAAUGCAUCGAAUGACCUGACAGAAGUAACGACAGAAUUCAAUGAUUAUCUCAGACUGUUCGCCGGUUUCCUCAUCGAAAUACAAUCGUCGGCCGCAGAGCUGUAAGUUUUAAUUGUUCAAAUAAAUAGAGCCUUGAUAAACGUUUGAUGUUUACAGAGAAAACAAAGACGCAGGCAAAAAAAACAGCAAACUAAUCCCUCUAGUCCGAUUCAAAUGGGGCAAUUCGAUGCUCACCCAAACAGCGACAGAAGUCUCGGAUGCCUGGUUCGAAGCUCUAAGCAUGAUCCAGUGCAUGGCAAUGUGGCUCACGAAACACGCCGCCUCGAUGGCCGGAAAAGACGAAGUCAAGGAGUCGGAUGCAAAGGAAUGCCUUCAGUGUCUCAGACAGGCCGGAGGAAUGUUCCAGUACGUAAAGGACGAGUCCUCGAGACUUUCCGGAGCGAAUGAAGUAGAAGGCUCUGAUUUUGACCCGAAAGUCAUGGAAACAUACAUUCUGACGGCGACCGCAGAGGCACAAGAAGUGAUAGUCGCAAGAGCCAUCGAAAUGAAGCACGACGACGGACUGAUCUCAUCACUUUCCGCAGUCACUGCUUCAAUAUUCUCAAAAGCAGAUAAAAGUUUGAACGAUCUUCCGGAUGAGCAGUUUGCCAGAUGGAGGAGGUAUCUCCAAUUGAAACAUCAUUUCUAUCUGGCCUACGCGUACGCUUUCCUUGGUCAGAAGCAGUUAGCCGAAGACAAGUGCGGAGAUGCGGUAAGAGCGUGUAAGCAGGGAAUUGCGGAGUACUCCGUGGCCAAGGAGAUGGCAGCCAUGUACGCCACUGCGACAGGACCGGGAACUCGCAUCAAGCCAGAACAGCACCUCUUCUUCCGACGCAUCGAGCCGCUGCUCAACCGACAUUUGGAGAAGGCCGAACGAGAAAACGGCUUCAUUUACCAUCAGAAAGUGCCGGAUGAGAUUCCGCAGCUGGAUGCGGAAGCGACGUACGGAGUGGCCAAACUGGAUUCGUUCAAGUAUCCUCCGCCGGCAGAGCUCUGGAACACUGCAGUCUACCAUGCUUUUGAUCUCUCCAAAGCUAAUAUGCCUGAUUUUUCAAAAGUAAAGAAAGUGAGUAGUCGUGCCAUAACUUUGGGUUCUAAUUCUAUGAUUACAGAGCAAAUCAAAACUGGACCCAGUCCACGAAGAGAAAAUCUAUCAGACCGAAAAGGAUCCGAGCAAUUCCAGUGGAUGUGUGAUCGCCUAA